AUGAAAUCAGUCGAUAUAUUACUGAUCUUUUUCAUAGUAUUAAUCGUUCGUAUAUCAUGUUCUCAUUUUCGUGGAUCAAUGAUCACAUGGCGUGUCAUAAACUCAACAUCAAAUCCACUUGUUGUUGAAAUACUUCAACGUCAUGCAUGGAAUUAUACAUGGUGGCCAUGUACAAAUACUCACAUAUCAGCUGGAAAUUAUAUGAUUGGUUCAGGAAAUAUUGUUUGUCCUUCAUCUUGUCCACCAAAUGUUAGUACACUCAGUUCAGUAACUGUUCCAUGUACUGGAUAUAAUCAAAUUGAAAGUUAUGUGAGUGGUGAAGGACGAUUUACUUUUCGUGUUCCACCAAAUUAUCGAUUUCGAGCAGUAUUUACUAGUUCAGCAUGGUUUUCAUUGGUUACUGGUGGAGGAACAUGGUCUGUAUCAACAGAAAUUAAUACUUAUAUACGACCGAAUGGACGAUAUAAUCAAGCACCUAUUGUUACUAUGUUACCGGUUAUUCGACUUCGUCGUUAUCUUUCUUAUAAUAUUAAAAUAAAUGUUGCCGAUAAUGAUUUUGAUCGAUAUACAUGUAUUUGGUCAAAUACAAGUCAAGAAUGUGGUGGUAUAUGUCGAUCUGCACUUAAUUUACCUGCUUCGACAUUUCUCAAUGAGACAAGUUGCAUUCUUCAUUUUGUACCAACUGCAGUUGGUUUUUAUGCUGUAGCAUUUACUGUACUUGAUUUUGAAAAUGAUACAAGUACUACAUCUCUCUCACGUGUACCUAUUCAAUUUAUUUUUAAUGUUUGGGAUUCAAAUGUAACAUGUUCGUUAAAGCCGAUUUAUAUUGGUGAUGCACCUGCUGAUCAAUGUAUUUUUGUUGAACCCGGUCAAAAUAUUACAAUGUUUAUUCGAAUCAAGAUCCAAUGUCCCAAUGCCACAUUAGCUAAUGUAAUUGGUGUUUAUCCAGCUGGUUUUACACAAUCAACACCAUUUACUGAUCCAUAUGAUACAACUAUUUAUAGUUUUAAAGUCUCUUAUACAGGUAAUGCAAAUCAAGUAGGGCAAAAUUUAUUUUGUUUUGCUGGUGUUGACUCAAUUGGUAAUCAAGGUGAUUCAAACUGUCUCCGUUUUACAGUACAAUUAGCUGCAGAAAGUCGUAAUACUCUCUAUAUUAACAAUGCAACUCAUUUUCCAACGGGUCUUGUUUCAAAAUAUCAAUCAAACUGGACAUUAAUCUAUCCAACAGGAACAACAUUUGUACGACCAAGUACUGAGGCUCUUAUUCGUUUUAAAAUCACUUCGACUCAACAAGAUUUUGUUACAUACAAUGUAGUAAAACAAACAACUAAUGUGAAUUAUCUUUCAGAUCGCUUGAUUAUUUCAUCAACUGUUGUUUUUAAUCCCGGACAAAAUUAUUAUAUUUCAAUUGAUCCAGGUGUAUUUUUACCUAUAUCAACUUGUUUACGAGAUUCAAUGGGAAUAACAGAUAAAUUGUUUUGGCCAUUUAAUACAGCAUCUGAGCCAAGUACAACAGUAACAACAACUACCACAUCCCGAUCAUCGACAACAACUUUAUUAAAUCGAACAGUACCAACAUUACGAACAUUUACAACUCAAACUACACAAACAACACAAACAAAAACAACGACUUUUUUAACUACAACAACAAGUUUAUCAACAACAAUAAAACAAAUUCAUGUAUUUUCAUCAUUUCCCAUCAGUGGUAUCGUUGGUAUAAUAGUUGGUUCAUUGAUAUUAAUUACGUUGAUUAGUUCUUUCAUUAUCCAAUUCAAAAGACGUGCUCCAGCUAAUUUAUCUACCGAAUCUAAUACUACGUCAAAGAAAAAAUCUAUGCCUGACAUUCUUCAACAAUAUAGAAUAGCAACUCGUACAAAUAAACAAACAGCUCGUCGAUCUGUUGCUUAUCUAACCAACACUUUAUCUUUCAAUUCAGACACUCAGCAAACUCUCGUUUCAAUUGAAUGUUAA